AUUUUUAGAGCUUCCAAAGCAGAAAUCAGCAACACUUGUCCGAUUAUUUUCGCUCUUCGAAAACUCAUGGCGGCCUCUGUCGCCGGAUCGGCCGUCGUCGAUUUUAAGUCCGCCGGAAUUUCCUCACCUUUCCUCUGCGGAAGUUUUUACACCAAUAACCUAUUAAAAAAGCUAUUUCCGGCAAUUCUCUCCGAUUUCCCAAUCGAUUCAUCUCCAACGCAAGCUCAACUCGCAAUGCCAAUCGAGGAGCUCCUUCGCUUCCGGUGGUGA